AUGGCCCAUGCACUGCCCCUCUCUCUCGCUACCCAACCGUUGAAGCAAAUCGCCAUCGACUACACUCCCGAGGCCUGUUCCCACUGCGCCACCUCCGACACCAUCACCCUCACCUACGACAGCCGCGGCGGCGCGCGGUGGCGCUCGCCUACGCGCUUCCAAUCGGGCACCUUCUCCGCCCUCAUCCGGUGCCCCGGCGGCGACACCAGCGGACUCAACUUCAACCUCUACCUUUCCUCCCUGGAGGGCGACAAGUCCCAGGACGAAAUCGACUUCGAGUUUCUGGGCUACGACAGGACUCUCGUACAAACAAACUUGUACUCCGGGGGCGAGGGGAACAGAGAAAAGAUCCACCUUCUGGGGUUCGACGCCUCCGAGGAGUUCCACGAGUACGCCAUCGCGUGGGGGAGCGACGCGAUCGAGUGGCGCGUGGAUGGGAAGGUGGUGAGGAGGGAGGAGAGAAAGGAGGGGGAAGGGUUCCCUCGGAAAGCUAUGUUUCUGUACGCUUCGAUUUGGGACGCGAGUGGGAUCAACGAAGGAAAGUGGUGCGGGAAGUAUUGUGGGGCUGAUGAACCUUACGUUUGUGUCUACAAGGACAUUCGUGUUCCUGUUGUGACGGCUGAUGAGUGA